GCUCUCGUGAUACAGUGACUCGCAUUCAAUCGGCACCUUGUUGUUCCAUAAGUCUAGCUACACUGCGCUAGGAGACUUACAAGCAAUAAAACUUGUCAAAACCAUGUCUGACGGUCAGAAAAUGUUUGUGUGCCAGCUCUGCCUAGUGUUCGUCGCAGCUACCGCGUUUGUCCGGGCCAUACCUGUUCCUAUCGCCGUCGAAGCACAUCCGGCAGAAAAUGGCCACUUUGUGGCCGCUCAAGUAGUUCGGACUGAUGGCGAGCCAGCGGUGGCAGCAAUCGAAGUGAUGGAUCCGUCUUCCGCUGUGGUCAGGCCAGCCCGAUCAGCCAGUCCUAUUUUCGGCCUUUUAACGGCGGGCGGCUUCAGCGAUUACGGUGACGAAUCACGUAAAUUUUCGCACCAUCACCAUCACAAGCCCCAUUACAAACCCGAAUACCACCGACCCGAAUACCAACACGGUGGCGGCAGCGCUGGCAGUUUUGCAUCGGCCGGUAGCUUCGCUGGCGGACACGGCGGAGGAAAUAGCCAGAGCCAGGCUCAAAGCCAGUCGGCUAGCUUCGGGUUCGGACCGAUCCAAGCCAGUUUUUCGUCUAGUUCGGCCCAAUCUGGUAGCCAAUCAGGCCGCAGCAGGGAACGAGAUUAUUUCGACUAUUGAUGGAUGUCAUCAGCCAAGAUCAACCGAGAUCGUCUUUAGAAUAUUUUAUUGUAUAAGGAAUUUUAAUUUAUUAUUAUUAUUAUAUUGCUGCCGUGCCAUUGAAAACUGUACAUACACAUCGUGUUGACACGGAAACUCAAUUAUAGCAUUUGGAUUAGUCAUAAUUUAUUUGAAUGUCUAACUGAGUUUUCUUGAAUUUUCGUGUUAUUUCAUAAAUAAAGUUGACAAUUGUUUUUUUUUUUA